CAUAGUAAUGGGGAUACUUUACUUAUUCACAGUUAUUUCUAGAGAGAUUUUCCCACUGAGUUCCUAUUGACACCAUUGAUCUUUUUAGCUUCUAUGAGGGGGGAGUGGAGCAGGGGCAGACUGACCAUUUGGAAAGUCAGGCAUGCCCGAGGACCCGGGGUCAGUAGGGGGCCCAUGAGAUGCCCCUGGUACCUUUUUCAUAGGCUUUUUUGAGUUUGGGCAAGGACACAGGGGCCCCAUGAUCCCCUAUUGCCCGGGGGCCCCAUGA